AUGCUCUUGUUCCUUUUCCUGGGUUUGUUGUUGGAUCUGUGCUCCUGCUCCGACCUGGAGAUGGAGGGAGACAUGAGGUUGAGAUUAGAUCAUAGUUUUGAUCUGGGUCGGAGCUGGGAGAACAGAGGUUCUGUAGCUUUAACCAGAUCCAGGCUCGGCAGUGCUUCGGAUGUUCUUGAGUCAGAUAAAUAUGAGAAAAUGAAGGAACUGUGUAGCAACAACCAACUUUACCUCAUCAAGGUUGUUGGUGAGGGAGGAGUAGGUGAGCUCCAGAGUUAUACUUCUGCGUGCACUCUCCUAGAGUCUGGUCUAGCUGAGACCCUGAUAUUUAACCUAGACUGGAGAGGAAGUCUAGUUGCUGUGAACCUAGCGGUCAGAACAGAGGAAGCACCUUACAAGGGAAGAAACAGGGAUAAGUUUGAUACCAAGGUUCAGAUCCAACACAUGGAGAACGGUCCUACUCCGGAUACUGCAGCUUUCAUACAGAGGAUGGAGGAGGAGAAAACAAGGAAGAUGACUGGACAGAGCAAGGAUGAAAAAUCAUUUUUCUCCAAGUACUGGAUGUAUAUUGUUCCAGUUUGUAUCUUCAUGCUUAUCAAUGGAAUGGGUGGAGAUACCGGGGGCGCAGCUAGAUAA